AUGGAUGGUGGAAGUAAUAAUUCUAUGCGAAGCCCAAAUUUCCCAUUUGAAUUACUACAGAAAAGAAAUCCUGCAGAAGCUAGUCCCAGCUCAACUUUUCCUUCAAAUUCAGGUAAUUUGGAAGCACAAAAGAAGCCUCAGCCAAAAAGAAACUCAACCAAGGACAGGCACACCAAGGUUGACGGCCGGGGUCGCCGGAUCCGUAUGCCGGCAACCUGUGCUGCUAGGGUUUUCCAGCUUACUAGAGAAUUAGGCCACAAAUCGGAUGGUGAAACCAUCGAGUGGUUGCUCCAGCAAGCGGAGCCAGCGGUGUUUGCCGCCACGGGUACAGGAACCAUCCCGGCUAAUUUCAGUUCACUUAACUUAUCAGCUAGAAAUUCUGGCUCAACCAUUUCAGCACCAUUACAUUUGAGGAAUAAUUAUUUUAACCAGAGCUUGAGGAGUAGUAUUGAAGAUUCACAGAGGAGGGUUUUGUUUUCUGGAGUUGGAUUAUCAUCAUCUGAGAAUAAUCCAUUGAAUUGCCUUAAUGGGAAUAUAAGUGUGAGUUCUAUGUUACAAGCAAAGCAAGAACCGGCAGUUCAAACUCACAUGUUACAGUCGAAUACCUCGAUUCCGGCGUUCCAUGGUCAGCUUCCGUCGCAGACGUUUCUUAUGGUGACAAAUUCUAGUAGCCAAGUGACGAGUGGUGAUUCUUUAUGGUCAUUUCCAGCUAUUGGGAACUCUAGUACUAUGUAUAGUGGAAGUUCAAUGCCUAGUGGUGGAAUACAUUUUAUGAAUUUUCCUACACCUUUGGCACUUUUACCAGGGCAGCAAUUGGGCCUGGAGGUUCCGAGACUCAGGCGACAGGCCAUGGUUCAGGGGGCCAUGACCAACACAUUACAACUAGUAACCACUUAUGAAUUGGAUUCACCAAGUGUGGCUCUCAGGAGCCCUAGCUGUAAAACUAAUAUAAAUUCACUCAGUACCUGUGGAAUCAUUCCUCCUGCCAUAUAUAAGAUAACUGCAGCCAUGGUCAUGGUGGUGGAUGGUGGUGGCCCUACCACACUUGCAAUACCAACCUGCAAAUCAGUACAGUCAAUAAAUGGUCUGUUCUUGAUUGAUCAACAUGAACAGUUACAGAGAGGUAUCUGUUGGCUUUGCUUUGCUUUGCUGUAA